AUGGAGAACUACCAGAAGCUCGAGAAGAUCGGUGAAGGCACUUACGGUGUCGUCUACAAGGCCCGGGAUCUCCUCAAUGGCGGGCGCAUAGUGGCGCUGAAGAAGAUUCGUCUGGAAGCUGAGGACGAGGGCGUCCCCUCCACCGCCAUUCGCGAGAUCUCCCUGCUCAAGGAGAUGCGCGACCCCAACAUUGUGCAGCUAUUCAACAUCGUGCACGCCGACGGCCACAAGCUCUACCUCGUCUUCGAGUUCCUCGACCUCGACCUGAAGAAGUACAUGGAGUCGCUGCCCGUCAGCGAUGGCGGCCGUGGCAAGGCUCUUCCUGAGGGCAGCUCCGAAACUCUCUCCCGCUUGGGUCUCAACCAGAAUGUCAUUCAGAAGUUCAUGUGGCAGCUCUGCGACGGCGUUCGCUACUGCCACUCCCGACGCAUUCUCCACCGCGACCUCAAGCCCCAGAACCUAUUGAUCAGUAGAGAUGGUGACUUGAAGCUGGCGGAUUUUGGCCUCGCGCGUGCCUUUGGUGUCCCCCUGCGCACCUACACUCACGAAGUCGUUACGCUCUGGUACCGUGCCCCGGAGAUUCUGCUCGGCGGUCGACAGUAUUCGACCGGCGUUGACAUGUGGUCCGUGGGAUGUAUCUUCGCCGAGAUGUGCACUCGCAAGCCUCUCUUCCCUGGCGACUCUGAGAUUGACGAGAUUUUCAAGAUCUUCCGCAACCUCGGUACUCCCACCGAGGAUGUCUGGCCCGGUGUUACAUCUUACCCGGACUUCAAGAGUUCUUUCCCCAAAUGGAUCCGAGACGAGUCUCAACCGCUGUGCUCGAACCUGGACGCAGAAGGCCUGGAACUCCUCGAGAUGAUGCUGGUAUACGACCCUGCCAGCCGCAUCUCGGCAAAGGCCGCCUGCAACCACCCGUACUUCGAGACCUACCCAGACCAACACCAGCGGACCGGCCGCACAAACGGAUACUACGGUCACUAG